CAUAGUUUAAACCCUCCAGAAGCAAACUCCAGAAAAAUCGUCUCUUUCUCCUUGAAUCUUUCUCUGUCGUUACUUCUGCUUCGCUUCUCAAUUCUUCAGGAAACGUCCACAAUCUUGCGUUUCUGGUUUGAUGAGCUAAAUUUCUUGUACAAGAAGGUUGCCGUGGCUCGGUCAAUUGUCGAAUUUCGAUCGGUUUCGUCCAAAAGCGAUGCUAAUGGAGUCGUCGAGUGCUUCGCAGUACACCGGCUCGCUGGACUUUGGUUUCGCCUUUGAUGAUGCCAAUUUCUCCGACAGGACGCUUCGGAUCGAGAUUUUGCAGGAGUUGCCGGGGCCCAAACCUGACCAGGACGAUAUCCAUCACGAUUUGGCGCGCAAUCGGAAGCGCCGCCGUGGUGACGCCCUAGCCAAUGCUGAAGAAACAACUGGUCAGUGUGACGAGCGUGGAUUGAAUUACAGAAAUUUGGCAUUAGAAGAUCUGGAUGCUCAUGAAAACCAAGAGGAUGAAGCUGCAGAAAUGAUUGAUGAAUCACCUGUGGUUGCAGAAAUAGCAACAAAGCAAUCAGUAGGUCAUGAAGCUGCGGAGAACGAUGAAUUUUUCAGCAUGGACUAUUCGCCGUCUCAGGUUAAGACCAUUCACAUCAGCUCUCCAAUUUUGGCUGCAAAAAGCCCAUUUUUCUACAAGUUGUUUUCAAAUGGCCCGAGAGAAUCAGAUCAGCGAGAGGUUACUCUACAAAUCCAAGCUUCAGAGGAAGAUGCCUUCAUGGAUUUGCUAAAGUUCAUGUACAGCAAUACACUAUCAAGAACUACACCGUCGACUUUAUUGGAUGUUUUGUUGGCUGCUGACAAGUAUGAAGUUGAGUCAUGCGUGAGAUUCUGCACCAUAUCAUUGUGCAAAAUACCAAUGACAGUUGAAUCCGCGUUGCGUUAUUUGGAGCUUCGUCCGAAACUCCUAAGGGGCAAUGCAGUUAUUCCCCUGGUCGACGCUGCCCGGUUCUUUCUUGCUGCCAGUUACCAAGAUUUAACCAAAUUUCAGGAUGAAGUUUUGAACUUGCCGUUACCCGGGCUCGAGGCGGUCUUACUAAGCAACACGUUGCAAGUAGCUUCGGAGGACGCCGUAUACGACCUUGUCCUAAAAUGGGCGCGGAUCCAUUACCCGAAUCCGGAAGAAAGACGCGAUGUCCUAAGCCUACAUCUCCGGCGCUUCAUCCGUUUCCCGUGCAUGACGACCCGAAAGCUGCGAAAGGUCUUGACCUGCGGCGACAUCUGCCCCGACCUCGCGUCGAAGGUCGUCCUCGACGCGCUCUUCUUCAAGGCCGAGGCGCCGAAACGGCAGUGCCUCGGCGACGGCCCGUACCGCCGUUUCGUCGAGCGGGCGUACAAGUACCGUCCCGUCAAGGUCGUCGAGUUCGAAUCACCCCACCAGUCGUGCGUCGUGUACCUCGACCUCAAGCGCGGGGAGAUCGAGCAGCUGUUCCCGUCGGGCCGGGUUUACUCGCAGGCCUUUCAUUUGGGUGGGCAAGGGUUCUUCCUGUCGGGGCAUUGCAACAUGGACCAGCAGAACGCGUUCCAUUGCUUCGGGCUGUUCCUCGGCAUGCAGGAAAAGGGGUCCGUCUCGUUCGCCGUCGAGUACGAAUUCGCGUCGAGGAUCAAGCUCAACGAACAGUUCGUGUGCAAGUACAAGGGGAACUAUACGUUCACCGGAGGCAAGGCCGUCGGGUACCGUAACCUUUUCGGGCUCCCGUGGGCGGCGUUUGUCGCAGACGACAGCCCUUAUUUUAUCAACGGCGUCCUCCAUCUCCGAGCGGAGCUUGUCGUGAGGAAGUAAGUAAUCCGGCCCGGCGUUACGAGGUAUGUAUGUUUUCGAAAUUUUUCGGCGUUUUCGAGUCGGGGAAAUAUCAAACGUAAUGUAGAUUGGGUCGUGUCGGGUCGGGUUUGGGGGGUAGGGUGUACAUAGUUUUGUUACUUGGGGUGGGUAGUUGGUUAUGUAGAAGGGGUUGGAAAAACUUAGCCCUAAUGUUCUUGUGCUUAUUGUUAUAUUAUGGGAUUUUAUUUCU